AUGCUGCUCUACAGGGAUGCUGGGGAUAGGGAUGCCAAGGACAUCAAUACAUGGGAAGCAAAAGAGAUAAUAGAAGAAGGGAAGAAAGUUCAGAAUGAAAGCGCCAAGGCUUUAUCGAGGUCACAAAAACUGAUGGAGGAGUCGGAAACAAUAGCCAAAGACACAAACUUGGCUUUGAAAAAUCACACAGAACAAAUGAAAGCGACUAACGCAGAUAUAACUGAAGUGAGUGAAGAUCUACGAAGAGCGAACCAAGUUCUAAGACAAAUAUCUCGAAGAAUAGCCAGCGACAAAAUGAUUCUUUGCCUAAUCCUUAUUCUGAUUGUCGCCAUCCUCGGAAUUGUCAUCGCAAAGGGCAUGGGGAAGCUAUCAGGUUUGCAUUACAGCGCCGAACAGAACGAAGUCGACUGA